AUGAAGUGCAUUUUAUUUAUUAGUUAUGUCGUUAUUUUGAAUAAAGUCCUUGGUUUAUUAGAUUGUACAAAGCCUUCUUUAGACAAUUUAAUUGUUCAAUCGGAUUUUAAUUUAAAUAAAUUUCUUGGUAUAUGGUAUGAAAUAAAAUGGUUAUCAAGUCAAUCACAUAAUGAAUUUGAAAUUUGGCGAAAUUUUUAUCUAUCAUUUCAAUUAGACAAUUCUUCAACACAAAAGCUUUUAGUACCUGGUAAAGCACGAUCAUUAAAUACAGACUGUUUUUCUUUUGGACCUUGGAUCAUUAUUGCAAAUAAUACUGCAAAAAUGAUUCUUGAAACAGUUGAUAUUAAUAACACAAUACCACUUAAUAGGCCUUUUUAUAUUUUAAAAACUGAUUAUGAACAUUAUGCAUUAAUCUAUGGUUGUACCUCAGAUAAUUAUACAUAUACAGAUCCAUGUGAAAAACCUGAUUUAUGGUUAUUUAGUAGAACUACAUCAUUAUCAAAUGAUUAUUUGAUUGAACUUGACAAAUAUAUGAUAAAUAAUUUAUGUAUUAAUUUAACUGAACUUGAAAUAACACCACAAGAUGGAGAAUCAUGUUAUUCAUCAUCAAAUAGUUGUGUUAUUAAUUUAAUUUUUUUCAUAUUUUUAUUUUUAAUAUACAUAUAA